AUGUCUAAGGCCGUGGCGCGCAUUCCGUCGAGCACCUUGACAUCGCUCCUCCCGCGCGCCCUCAACCCCCACGUCGCCGUCGUAGACCUCGUCGCCACGCACCUCGCCGCAGCCGCGGACGACGCUGACGAGGCCAAGCCCGUCGACCUCACCCGCCUGCUCCCAUACCUCGGCCACGACGAGCUCACCGCCGUCGUGCUCCGCGCUGGCCACUCCCACCCGCUCCACACCCUCCGCUUCCUCCUCGCGCUCCCGCCCCCCCUCCAGCCCUCGCCUCCGCACCUCGCUUUCCUCGCGCGCUCGCUCGCCUCCUCCCGCCUCUUCUCCCACGCGCUCGACGCGCUCUCCCACCUCGUCCGCCUCCACCCGGGCCACGACGCGCUGCCCACGCUCCUCCUCGCGUCCCCCACCGCGCCUCACCCUUCCCUCCCAGGCCUCCUCGUCAAGGCCCUCCUCCGCCAUGCCCGCCUCCGGGACGCGUUCCGCGCCGCCCUCCGCGCGCUCUGGGCCGCGCGCGCGACCAUGCGCCGCGCUGGGGUGCGGCCCGACGCGCGCACAUUCAACAUCCUUGUCGCCGCGCUCUGCCGCGCGGAGGACGCCGAGCGCGCGCAGGGGUUCCUCGAGGAGCUGGAGGAGCAAGGGUUCGAGCCGGACGUGGUGACGUACAACACCCUCCUCUCGGGCUACUGCCGCAGGGGGAGGCUGCAGGAGGCGCUGCGCCUGUUUGAUGUAAUGCCGCACAGGCGCGUGCCGCCAGAUUUGGUCUCACACACAAUUCUGAUAGACGGGCUGUGCAAGGCCUGGAGGCUGAACGAUGCUCGCCGGAUGUUUGACAGGAUGGUGCAGAGUGGUUUGUGCCCUGAUGCUGUUGCUUAUAGUGUUCUGAUCGCAGGGUACUGUAAUGAGGGGCGACUAAGGGAGACGAGGUCGCUGCUGAUGGAGAUGGUUGGGAGUGGGCUCUCAGCGGUAGCAUUCGCUAUCAGGGUUGUGAUUGAGCAUCAUGUAAAAUUUGGGAAGCUGCUGACCUGCUUGAACAUGGUAGCUCCACUGAGGAAAUAUGGCGUUGUCAUCCCAUCGCAGAGUUAUAGCUGUUUGAUUGGUGCAUUGUGCGACGAUAUGCGCCCUAAUGCUGCGAGGGGUUUGCUGCAGUGGAUGAUAGAGGAUGGGCACAGUCCUAGAUUGCAGAUGUACAAUAUGAUUGUGGACUGCUUCUGCCGAUGUGACAAUCCAAAGGAGGCUUUGGAUGUCAAGGUUGAGAUGAUCUCCAGAGAAGUGAAACCAGACUACGACACUUACUGGGCACUCAUAACCUGCCUUUGCAGAUUGGGAAGGAGCUUGGAUGGUCAGUCAGUGAUGGUGGAGAUGAUUGAGUCGGGUUCCCAACUGAACGAGGCCAUUUGUGCUGCCUUGGUUUGUGGCUUCUGCAAGGAAGGUGACCUUGAUAGAGCAGCACUAAUUGUAAAGUCGUUCGUGCUCGAUUUUCAUAUCCACUGUAAUGAGAGCUAUAAUGCAUUGAUGAGGGCUUACUGCGAGACUAGGAGCACGGCAGAGUUACUAGCACUGCAGGACCGGAUGCUAGAGUUGGGUUUUGUUCCAAACAGUGAGACUUGUCGAUCUAUUAUCUAUGGGCUUUCAAAAAGCUCUGGCUAA